GCCGCGCACGCCCGCUGCUGCCCCUCCCGAGAUCGCCCCGCGGACGCUACCCCUUCAAUGGAAGGCAGCAGAAGAGCAAAGCACAAAAAGAACAAACAAAUCAAAAUCCCCGUGAUCUUCGAAACACGCACUUGAGAAGGUGACCGACGACCCCCAGGACCCAUCGGCCGGAAUCGCGCAGACUUUCCUCCCGCGGGCUGGAUUUGGUCCCCACGUCCACGUCCCAAUGGUUCUGGCCGAGGACACCAAGUUCAUUCUUUGCAUACUGGUUGUGCUUCUUUUGCUGAAACGUCCCUGGGCUGCGGGCGCCGAAACUCACUCUCUUUCCUAUGACUUCACUAUCACUCCUAAACUCAGACCUAGACACUGGUGGUGUGAGGUUGAAGGCCAGGUGAAUAAAACGGUUUUUCUUCACUAUGACUGUGGCAACAAGGUCAAACCUUUUGGUCCCCUGGGGAAGGAAAUAAAUGCCACAAACACCUGGGAAGAACAGACAGAAACCCUGAGAGACGUGGUGGAUGUCCUCACACAGCAACUGACUGGCCUUCAACUGGAGAGUUACACACUGAAUGACCCUCUCACCCUGCAGGCCACCAUGUCUUGCCACCGAGAAGCCAAUGGACACAGCACUGGAUCCUGGCAGUUUGGCUUUGAUGGACAGAAGUUCCUCCUCUUUGACUCAGAGAAGAGAAAGUGGACACUGCUUCAUCCUGGAGGCAGACAGAUGAAAGAGAAGUGGGAGCAUGACAGGGAUGUGACCAUGUUCUUCCAGAAGACCUCAGUAGGAGACUGCACCAGAUGGCUUGAGGACUUCUGGAUGUGCUGGAAGAAAAGUCUACAACCAACAGCACCUCCCACAGAGGACCCAGGCACCAGCCAACCCACAGCCAGGGCCACCAGGGCCAUUUCCUGGAGCCUCCCUGCACUCCUCACCAUCUUCAUCCUCCUGGCCAUCCUGGGACAGUGCCUACUGACAAGUGCUGUGGGCAGAAUAGGAGGGGAGCAGGGCAAGUGGUGAGGUGGGAGAUGGGGAAGGGACUCAGAGGCCCCCAACUCUGUGCCUUCCAUGGGCCCUUCCCAUCCUGGAGUGAGGCAGAGGAGCAAAACCUCCUGUCAUUUAACAGCAAUGCCCUGGCUCUGCUCAGCCCCCAGCUCUGGUGAAUUGUCCCUGUCACAGUGGGAGGGAGGGAAAGGCCCACAUCAGAGCUGAGGGCCUUUGCACAGUAAUGUGGGAGGAAGAGAUGGGUGAAGUAGGUGAUGGGUACAAUGUACAGUAUCCUGGGAAUGGGACACUUGUAACUUUGACUCAACCACCUGCUGUUCAUCAGAGAUCUGGAUAGUAUAAAUCCUGUCUAACCGCUCUUAGGACGUUUGUGUCUGUAACCCAGGGAUGCCUGUACUAAUCUGAACUGUGACUUUGUUCUGCCACAUGAUUUUGCCGAAAUAGACUACAGUACCUCAGGGACCCUUUCCAUGUCCUGAAAAAGAAUUUUGUAAUUUUUGAAUGAGAAAAAUAAUAUUCUAUUCAAGAUCGUUUCCUUUAGUAUGUUAUUAUACAG